GGAGAAACAAGUGUUAGAAGAUCUGGAAAUGCCCCUUGCGAGGAGACCAAUGGAGACCCUCUUCCAAGAGCAGCCCAAGAUUGGGAACCAGUACUUGGAGGAUACUUUGCUUCGGAGUUACUUGAAAACACACCUUCCUCCCAAGGUCUGCAAUGCCCCACAGACACCGGGUGGGAAGAGUGUGGUGGAAGCAGUGGGAGCUUGUUUUUGUCACAGCUAUCCCUAAAGACAGGAAUGAGGCCUCCUUAAGCACCACUGUGGCCCUCCUGCCAGAAGAGAAGACAGGAAAGGACGAUGCCUUUGAGCAACCGUGAAAAUCCUGCUCCUGAUCUGCACCUUUGGAAGAAUCACGAUCCAGGUCUCCCAAAGAAUAAAAGGAUCAAUGCUGUGUUUCAGCGAGGCUGAGAACUGCCUCCACUCCUUCCCCAAAGAGAGAACAGCGGCUGUGAAAUCUCCCAGAGCAGCAUCUCCCUUUCAUUUCUGCUCUCGGUCCCAGCGGGGCAGUGUUGCCUCGCCGCUGGAAGGGAGAGCCCCGACUGCUGUCUGCAGCACUGGGAGCCGGCUCUCCAUGGGAACACCUUCCCGGCCAGGAGGACAACAACCCCGAAGCUUUAGGUGUCCCACCGAAGCAGACACCACACUGGAAGCCGAUUCCUGUUGUACUAUUCAGUGGCGAACACAGAAAUUUUCCGGGAAUGGCACAAACGUCCUUUGUUUGAAGGUACUGGAGGAGGUGCAUCAGGAGCUGGUGAGGUUUGGAAACCGCCUGCAAACCAAGAUCCAACCCCUGGCAUGGGAAUGUGAGUUGAACCCACCAGUGUUCCGGCAGUUCGAUGCCUGGGGGCAGCGCGUGGAUCGCAUCGACACCUGCUCGGCCUGGAGGAGGAUGAAGGAGAUCUCGGCAGAAGAGGGGCUGAUUGCUGAGGCCUAUGAGAGAAGAUACUCCAACUGGAGCCGCCUGUACCAGGCUGUCAAACUGUACUUGUUCUCAGCCUCCUCGGGAGGUUUCAACUGUCCACUGGCCAUGACUGAUGGGGCAGCCAAAGUCAUUGAGUCAUUGGGGAUUCCUGGAUCUCUGAAAAGCGCUUUUGACCGUCUGACAUCCCAUGACCCCAAGAAGUUCUGGACCUCUGGCCAGUGGAUGACGGAGCGCAGGGGCGGCUCAGAUGUUGCUAACGGCACCGAGACCGUGGCCAGGAGGCAGCCGGAUGGUACCUAUCGUCUCUAUGGCUUUAAAUGGUUUACAUCAGCUGCUGACUCCGAUGUGACAUUAACCCUGGCCAGGAUAGCAGAUGCUGAAGGACAGUGUCCCCAGGGUUCCAGGGGCCUGUCCCUGUUCUUCCUGAGGGUUCGAGAUGAGGAGGGGAAGCUCAACAACAUCCAGGUGCAACGGCUCAAAGACAAGCUGGGCACCAGACAGAUGGCAACGGCAGAGCUGUGGCUGCAGGGAGCCAGAGCAGAGCUGAUCUCUGCAGAGGGUCGUGGAGUGGCCUCCAUCUCCAACAUGCUGAACAUCACUCGGAUCCACAACGUCAUCGGUGCAGUAGCUUCCAUGAGAAGGAUGAUCAGCCUGAGCAGGGACUAUGCCCGCAGGAGGGUUGCCUUUGGGAAGCUCCUCAAGGACCACCCCCUGCACAUGCAGACCAUAGCCCGGAUGGAGGUGCAGUGCCGAGGGGCGUUUCUGCUGCUCAUGGAGGUCGUUCGGCUGCUCGGCCUGGCAGAAACCAACCUGGCCAGUGAGCAGGACCAGCUGCUCCUGAGACUGCUGGUCCCCGUGGCCAAACUGUACACGGGGAAGCAGGCGGCUGCUGUGGCUGUGGAGGCGAUGGAGAGCUUUGGGGGCCAAGGCUACAUGGAGGACACGGGUGUGCCAGUCAUCCUCCGGGAUACUCUGGUUCUGUCCAUAUGGGAGGGAACAACCAAUAUCCUGUCCCUCGAUGUCCUGAGGUCCCUUGCCAAGAGCCAAGGACAGGUGAUGGCCGUGUUCCUGUCCACAGUGCAGAAGAAGCUGGAGCUGGUGGCGGGCACUGCUGGGCUGGCCCCGGCCGUGCAGCGGGUGCGGGAAGGCACGGACAGGCUGGCACAGUUCCUGCAGAAAGCUGGAUCAGAGCCCGCCGUGACCAUGGAGCUGGCAGCCAGAGACUUCUCCUACAGCCUGGCACGGAUCUACACAGGAGCUCUUUUGUUGGAACACGCAGCCCGGCCUGGCGCCUCCUCCACAGACACCUGCGCUGCCCUCAGGUGGUGCAACCAGGAGCUGUGUCCGGUGGCCGUGGAGUCGGGGUCUGGCAGCUACAGGGCUGGGGCAGCACUACAGGACAGUGCCCUGGUGUAUGGGGACAGUGCCCUGGUGAUAUGGGGACAGUGCCCUGGUGUAUGGGGGCAGCCGGCUCUGAGGCCCCAUGGCCCCACCACACACACAGAUGGGCUGAAAUCCAAAAAAUCCCUCCCCAAAUCCUCAGGUAGCUGCAAAUUCCAGGCGUGGUGGGGACGUUCCACCAAGGGCCAAACCAAAUCCUUCAGGAGUGACCCCUGCCUGCCCAGGCUGAAAUCCCAACUUUGGGCCAUUUCCUGACGCAGGCACAGCCCUGGGAGUCACUCCAAGAUGCUGGAAUGUUCUCACCAGGAUUUAGGCAAAGCCCAAGUGAUGAAAUCCAGACAAUGACUGGAAGCAGCAGCUCUUCAAGUGCCACUGCUGUUCUUUGUGAAGAAAACCAACCAAAACCUGACUGAAAACUCUCUGAAGCUUAUUAAAUACAGAAAACCACCGUU